UGCACUACAACGAGGCUACCAUACGCGUUCAGUAGUUGCGGUCCGCCGGCGAGCACUUAUUGACAUUUCGGUUAUCCACCGCGCGCGUUCGCACGACAAUCGACGUCGGUUUUUUUUUUUCACUUAUUAUCAAAUUAUACAUGUAAAUCGUUUUACCGCCAAAAUUUCCAAAGGUACUUACUAAUCAUCACGACAGACAUGUCUGAAUCGCUUUCGCUGACCGGCAUCGGACCCCCGUCCGGCACCAAGGAACAAAAAUCAAAAUCAUACGCGGUGAACGUACCACAAGAAAAUGCGUCGCUCAACGCCAAUGGGUCUCCACCAUAUGAUCCUCACGCGCACAGGAUACUUGAACAUCCCACCACAAAUAACGAGACACUCAUUCACUUGCUCAAGGGCAGUUUGGGAACCGGGAUUCUGGCUAUGCCCAACGCUUUCUACAACUCCGGAUUGCUCAUCGGAACCGUAGGCACCAUACUUAUCGGCAUCCUAUGCACAUAUUGCUUGCACGUCUUGGUUAGAUCUCAGUACCUGUUAUGCAAGAGACUCCGAGUGCCCAUACUCAGUUACCCGGAUUCCAUGAAAUACGCCCUACAAGACGGUCCAGCAUUUUUGAGAUUCGGAGUUCCUCUUUCUGCGUUUAUCGUUGAUGGGUUCUUGAUCGUUUAUCAGCUGGGAAUAUGUUGUGUAUACAUUAUGUUCAUCGGAACCAGCAUCAAACAGGUGUUGGACAUUUACAUCGAACCGAUGAACGAGCGGUACUACAUGAUGAUGAUUCUGAUUCCAUUGGUGGCCAUCAUUCUUAUCAGAAACUUAAAGCUUUUGGCGCCCUUCUCGCAGGCGGCCAAUAUCAUUACGUUCGUCGGACUUGGCAUUGUACUCUGGUACAUAUUCACCGACCUGCCGCCCAUAAAUUCGAGACCAUUAAUCGGUGAACCGAGAAAAUACACCCUGUUCGUAGGCACAACUCUAUUCGCACUGGAAGCUGUUGGUGUGGUACUGGCGCUGGAGAACAAUAUGAAAACUCCGGCAUCUUUCGGUGGUACAACUGGCGUACUUAACGUAGGUAUGACUAUCAUCACAAUUAUGUACGUUGGGAUGGGCUUCUUCGGAUACGUCAAAUAUGGUGAAAAUUCAGCGGGCAGCGUGACGCUCAACUUACCGAAUGCAGAUAUCCUCUCGCAAGCGGUUAAACUCAUCUUCGCGUUCGCUAUAUUCAUCACAUACGCGCUUCAAGCGUACGUGCCAGUAGAUAUCAUCUGGAAUACGUACAUGAAGAAGAGAAUUCAAAACUGGGACAAGACUACCAUGGAAUAUCUGCUUCGUAUAUCCGUUGUUCUCGUUACGUUCCUGUUAGCCGUCGCUAUACCGCUGUUGGAGCUGUUCAUAUCGCUGUUCGGCGCCCUGUGUCUGUCCGUAUUGGGCAUCGGGUUCCCGGCGCUUAUCGAGAUCUGCGUUUUGUGGCCCGAUCGUAACUUCGGUCGCUUCAAUUAUGUACUCAUCAAGGACAUCAUACUGAUCAUCAUCGGCAUUUUGGCUCUGGUGCUGGGCACGUACAUCAGCUUGCAGGACAUCGCUAGGAAGUUGUAGUGCAAAUACGAUAUUACAUGAUUAUUUUAGUCUAUUAUAAGUUAUUCCCUUUAUAUUAUGAAGAAAAGUUUUACUGACCGUGCCCAUAAUUUACUAUUAUUAUUAUUACGAUUGUGACCAUACUUUUAUUUCAGUUUAUUUAAUUUAUUAUUUUAAUUUAAUUUUGCGUGAACAUAAAUCGCGCGUGUUCACAGGGUCUUAUUGUCGUUUCAAUGUAUAUAUUAUACGUUGAAAACGCGACGAGGUUUUUACGUUUCACAAAGUAAUUUUUUCUUUUAAAGUUUUCUGAUAUGGCGUAACUCGGUGGUAAAACAAUCCGUCAGGUCUUGUGUACAGUUCGAUAACAAAAUUCACGAGCGAUUUGAUCAAUACGUUAUUUUUAUUCACUUAAAGUAACAGUAUAUUUCCCCCAUGCAUUUUUCGCUAAUUUUUUUUCAAUAAUUGUUCGGACGUUUAAUAUAUUUUAACCUCUGCCUUGUGUAGCGUUUGACACUAAAAUAUAGGGCGAGAGUAGCUCAAUUUAUUUUGUAAAAGAACAAUAAGAAGUGCGUUUUAGCACACAGUUAUCAUUUUUGAACAAUGGCAAUAUUUUAUUUUUAUACAUUAUACAAAUUUUAUAGUGCCUUUAGCCUAUAAUAAUUAUAAUAAUAAUGUUAAAUUUAAUGAAUAUUAUACUGUUUAGAAGGUGUUAUGAAUAGUUUUAUAUUAUAUCUCUAAAUUUACAUCAUAAUUGCAAAAAGUAAACAAUAUUAUGUGCCGUUACUGACAUCUUUCGAUGUAAGAACCACACACUCCUCUAUUAUAAGUUUGAUUUAGUGACUGAGACUAUAUUAGUAAUAAUAAUAUUUUUGUUAAUAUUGCAAUAACAUUGUUAUGUUCGGGCAAAUGUGUCCAUAGUAAAGCUGAUUAUUUUUAAAUACUAUACAUUAAGGUUUUAUAAAACGUUGUGUAAAUAAACACUAUUAAAACAAUAA